GUGAAUGGGGAGGGGUGUCCUGUCAGCCUAACCCCAUCCCCAACCAGUGAUCUGUUUGUUUGCAUGAGACGGGCUCGUGUAGCCCAGGCUAGCCUCUAACCCACGUGACAUUGAACUUCUCAUGCUCCUGCCAUCCCCUCCCGAGUGCUGGGGUGAUAGGCCUGGGGCACCCUGCCUGGUUUCUGUGGUACUGCGGAUGGCGCCCAGGGCCUCGUGCAAGCUAGGAGCGCGGCAUGGAGCUGCACGAGCAACCCUCCCCUCCCCUUGCAUUCUUGCUUCAUCCCUAGAGUAUUCCAGAGCUCUGAUGCUUUCCUGGCUGCGCGCACAGUGGAGACCCCACUGAGAAAAUGUGGGCUCACCGUCUUGACGCUGGCUCGGGCCACAUCGCCACCUGGUGGCAAUGCUUGGGAACAGCGCUUUACCGUAAUGGUAAAUGGAAGGUACCGUAAAUGGAAGGUAGGCGGAUCUCUGUGAGUUUGAGGCCAGCCUGGUCUACAGAGUGAGUUCCAGACCAAUCAGGGCUACAUAAUGGUUCAUCUACAGGGUCACAUACCCCAGGCAUGGUAGCGCACCCCUGUCAGCACUCAUGAGGCGGAGGCACAGGGAUAAGAGUUUGAGAACAGAACAUGGAGGCGGAGGUCGAUAAGCUGGAACUGAUGUUCCAGAAAGCUGAUUCUGAUUUGGAUUACAUUCAAUAUAGGCUGGAGUAUGAAAUCAAGACUAAUCACCCAGAUUCAGCAGGAGAGAAAAAUCCUGGUGAAAUUUUAAAGGAAUUAUCAGCAAUAAAGUCUCGAUAUCAAGCUUUGUGUGCACGUUUUAAGCCACUUUCUGUUGAGCAAAAAGAGAACAAGAGCCGCAUUUGUGCUAUUCUGAGCAAGACAAUGACCAUGGUACAAGAACUACAUAAGCAAACAGACCUGGAGCUGACUCUACUGACUGAAGAGGAGAAAGCUGUGACAGAGCAAUUAAGAUCUUACAUGCCAGACUUAUGAAGACACGGGGUUUUAAAACGGAACUCUAAUGGAAAAAAGAUCCAUUCCAAAGAGAUUCAGCAAGAUGUUGUAUUAAUACUUGGUAUCAUUAAUUCACCAAGGGGUGGGAGGCUGAUAAGGAAGACUGAGAUUUUCCUUGAGUGUCAGAAUCAUAUGAGAGGAAAUUGUAAGAACUGUAGAUUAUCUUAUGAAUAAAAGCCAAAGGGUAAGGAGAUUUAAAUGCUGACCCCCACAGUUAAUUUUGUGGUUACAAGUAAUGAAAUCCCCUAAUACUAUUUUUAAUCUGUUUUCUUUUUGUAUGGUUGGAAUAAUUUGAGAUGUUUGGGGAUUUUGUAAAAGAAUAUUCAAGUACAUUUUCAAUCAGUAAUUGAAUGGGAAAAAUACUGUAUAUUAUAAUUACUCAGGUGUUGUUUGUUUUUUGAGACAGGCUCUCACCAUGUAGUUCUGGCUAGCCCUGGAGCUCACUAAGGAGUCCAGACUGGCAUGAAUCCUAGAGAUGCCUGCUUCUGAGUACUGGGGUUAAAGGCAUACACUACCACACUGGGCAUUGUUUCUCUCUCUCUGAGACAAGGUCUUAUGUAUCCCAGACUGGCCUCAGAAUUGGUGUUGCCAAGGAUACUCUUUUACUUUGCUACCUCCCGGCCUGUAUAAUCUGGCCCCUACACCCGAGUGCUGGGAUUCCUAGUGAGUCACCACAUCUGGUUUAUGUCAUACUAGGGAUCUACCUAGAGCCUUGUGCAUGCCAGGCUAGCACUGUACCAGCCAAGCUACAUCCUCAACCCUGUAAUCUCUGUUUUGGAAAUGCCUGUUACAUAUGAUAGCAUAUUUUUGUUGUGUGUCUAUGAUGUCCAGUAUUUCACGAAACCUAACUAAUAUAAUUAGUAGGCUGCUUUGUGAAAACUUGUUUUUCCCUUUUUUCCCAUUGCUUGCUAAUAAUAAAUGAGCCAUUUUCAAAUGCUCUUUUAAACUGUUAAAAAAAAAAAAAGAGUUUGAGAACAGCCCCAACUAUAGGGUGAGGCGUAGACACAGCCC